AAACUAUAGUACAAAAAUAUUCGUCUUUUUAAUUCAUCGUCGUAAAUGACACCAGACAUUCAUUUUCAUUCUCUUAACUAGUAAUCAGUACCACUUCAACGUCCAGUACAACUGUUCCAGUUAUCACUGAGUUUUUAUCGUCUUGGUUACUCUCGAUUUCGUUACCGUCUUUUAUUUUUCUUACUUAGAUGUUCUACGUCUAUGUUCAGCACCUAAAUGGAAUACAACAGCUGUAACAGUGGCCGGUAUGAAUGAUGGGACAUCUGGUGAUGCAUUAAAUCAGCUUCAUUUUCCAAAAGAUAUUGAGUUCGAUGCAUAUGAUACACUAUAUAUCAUUGAUGAAUUAAAUUCUCGUGCAGUAAAAUGGUAUGUCAACGCCACUCAAGGAAUUUUAGUUGUUGGUGGCCUAGGUAUGGGUAAUGGCUUGGAAUAUCUUAGUGAUCCUAACAGCCUUACCAUCGAUUAUCAACGAAAUUAUUUGUAUAUUGCUGACACGUUCAACUAUCGCGUUGAACAAUAUUCGUUGAAUGAACCGUUACCCUUGACAGCCGAUUAUGGAGCUCAACGUAUUCAGCGAUGGUUCAAAGAUGCCAUAUCAGGUGAAACAGUUGCUUCCGGCGCACUAGGUGGGCCACAAAGUGUUAUUGUUGAUAAAAAUGACUACAUGUACAUUAGUGACACAGCUAAUCAUUGUAUUGUUCAAUGGAAAAUCGGCAAAGAUUAUGGCAGAAUACUGGUAGGCAAAUACCAAACAUCUGGUAUCUUACCAACACAAUUUGAUACUCCUACUUCAGUGAAACUCGAUUCAAACUAUAACUUAUAUGUUUGUGACUCUUCUAAUCACCGUAUACAAAAGUUCAAUAUUAUUGAGUGUAAUUGAAUGUAUUGUAGUAUUAAAAUGUUGGUUGUAGAUAAGUUGGUUCUGAAAGGGUUAAGUGCCUAAUGGGAUUUUGUAGAGGAAAGAAAGCUGCAUCCAACCAUAGGAUUAACCAUCGCGGAAAGUUAAAGCGCAUCAUAUAUUUCAAAAACACUAUACAGUGACCCUCUCCUCUGUGGACAAGUAUCGGGC